UCAGUGCGAUAAAUUUCUUUUGUCAGUGGUGUGAAUGAUUUUGGUGGCUGCGACUGAAAAAGUAAAAAUUUAACCAUUUAUAGAGCUAAAAAAGCCUCAGUGGCAUUUGCAAAUCCCAAAGAGACAACUCAUGAGUGUUUGUAUCAUGUAGUUUGUACAGAAUUGUAGGUAAAUUGGUUUGUGAAUGUUGUGAAUGAAAAAAAAAAACAGUAGCUGGAAAUUGGAGAAUUGUUUGAUGCAGGAAGACGUGUAAAAUUUAGCCCUGGGAGCAGCAAUUUGAUGCCACCUAGAUGUGUUAAUUUAACACGUGAGGCCGAAAGAAUUGUGAAAAUAUCUUCACGAUAGAACGAGACCGCACGAGAGAGAGAGAGAGAGUGAGAGAGAGACAAGGAAAGUGUUAAAAGUGAUUGAAGUGAUUAUAAAGUGAAGUGUGUAAAAUAUCUUGUGUGAAAGGAAGAAGAAAAGCAAAGACGUGAUCAUGGCAACAUUGAGUUCGGAAGAAGCACGCAAAUUGCUGGAUUUCAAUGAGAAAUUGGAUAUUGGUUUAUUGGAUAAUAUUGUGGAGAGUCUGUAUGCCAGUCAAGGGGAACAGUUGAGGAUGGCUCAGGAUGUCCUGACGACACUCAAAGAACAUCCAGAUGCAUGGACACGUGUUGAUACAAUAUUGGAAUAUUCACAGAAUCAACAGACAAAGUAUUAUGCAUUGCAAAUUUUGGAGGAGGUAAUUAAGACACGAUGGAAGAUUUUGCCGAGGAAUCAGUGUGAGGGUAUUAAGAAGUAUGUUGUGGGAUUGAUUAUAAAGACAUCAUCGGAUUCAGCUGUUAUGGAGGCCAAUAAAGUGUACUUGAAUAAGUUGAAUAUUAUUUUGGUGCAGAUUUUGAAGAGGGAAUGGCCAAAAAAUUGGGAAUCAUUUAUUGGGGAUAUUGUUGGGGCAUCGAAGACAAAUGAGAGUCUAUGUCAGAAUAAUAUGCAGAUAUUGAAGUUACUGAGUGAGGAGGUGUUUGAUUUUAGUUCGGGUCAGAUAACACAGACAAAGGCAAAACAUCUCAAAGAUACAAUGUGUUCGGAAUUUUCGCAAAUUUUUCAACUAUGUUCAUUUGUACUCGAAGGAUCACUCAAUGCACCAUUGAUAGCGGCUACACUCGAAACGCUACUGCGUUUUCUCAAUUGGAUACCGUAUGGGUAUAUUUUUGAGACAAAAUUGGUGUCGACGUUGAUCAGUAAAUUUCUGUCUGUACCAAUGUUUCGAAAUGUCACACUCAAGUGUUUGUCCGAAAUUGCCGGGUUGACCGUUAACAACUAUCGUCACAUCUAUGUUGAGAUGUUUGAACAAACAGUCGAACAAUUCAGCGCCAUUAUCAAUCCAAUCACAAAUAUGAAUCACAUUUACUACAAUGGUUCAGAUGCUGAACAGAAUUUCAUACAAAAUCUCGCAAUGUUCCUCUGUACGUUCCUCAAAGAGCAUGGACAAUUGGUGGAAAAUAAUACAGCGUCCUUCAACAAAGCCCUUCACUACCUACUUCUCAUCUCAGAAGUUGAAGAUGUUGAAAUCUUCAAAAUUUGCCUAGAGUAUUGGAAUAGCCUAGCGGCAGCCCUCUACAAAGAGAUACCGUACCAAGGACCCUUCCGUAUCACAACGCCGUCACGGCGAAGUGUCUAUGCGGAGACUCUUUCAAAAGUACGUUGUAUCAUGAUUUACCGAAUGGCAAAGCCAGAAGAAGUACUCGUUGUUGAAAAUGAAAAUGGUGAAGUUGUACGGGAAUUCAUGAAAGAUACCAAUGCCAUCAAUCUCUACAAAAGUAUGCGAGAAACACUGGUUUACCUAACGCAUUUGGAUUAUGUCGAUACAGAAACCAUCAUGAUAUCAAGACUAAUGGAACAGGUCAAUGGAACAGAAUUCUCAUGGAAGAACCUAAAUACCCUGUGUUGGGCAAUCGGAUCAAUUUCCGGGGCAUUUCAUGAAGAGGAUGAAAAACGAUUUCUGGUCACGGUUAUCAAGGAAUUGCUGGGAUUGUGUGAACAGAAGAAGGGAAAGGACAACAAGGCCAUCAUAGCGUCAAAUAUAAUGUAUGUAGUGGGACAGUAUCCGCGAUUCCUCAGAGCACACUGGAAAUUCCUCAAGACCGUGGUGAAUAAAUUGUUCGAAUUUAUGCAUGAGACUCACGAUGGCGUUCAGGAUAUGGCAUGUGACACAUUCAUCAAGAUUGCCCUCAAGUGUCGACGUCACUUUGUUACAAUGCAGACCAACGAAGCGUGCACAUUUAUCGAUGAGAUUCUAGGAUCCAUGAGCACCAUCAUGUGCGACCUUCAGCCGCAGCAGGUUCACACAUUCUAUGAAGCUGUGGGGUACAUGAUAUCCGCUCAGGCGGACUGCGUGGCCCAGGAGGCGCUGAUUGAGAAGUACAUGAUGCUGCCGAAUCAGGUUUGGGAUGAAAUAAUUUCGCAGGCGUCGAAGAAUGUUGAUUAUCUGAAGGAUAUGUCGGCUGUGAAGCAGCUGGGUAGUAUCUUGAAGACAAAUGUGCGCGCAUGUAAGGCACUUGGUCAUGCGUAUGUGACACAGUUGGGUCGCAUCUAUCUGGAUAUGUUGAAUGUGUACAAAAUAAUGUCGCAGAACAUUAGUCAAGCCAUUGCACUCAAUGGUGUCAAUGUGACAAAUCAGCCAUUGAUCAAGGAGAUGAAUGUUGUGACGAAGGAAACGUUGACGCUCAUUUCGGAGUGGAUUUCAAAAUCGUGCGAACCGCAAUUGGUGAUGGAUAAUUUCAUUCCGCCACUACUUGAGGCUGUUCUGGUGGAUUAUCAGCGCACCAAAGUGCCAAUGGCCAGGGAGGCCAAAGUGUUGAGUACGAUGGCAUCAAUUGUUAAUAAAUUGCAGGGCAGGAUAACACCGCAUGUGCCGAAGAUACUGGAUUCGGUGUUUGAAUGCACAUUGGAUAUGAUUAAGGAUAAUCUUGAGGAUUAUCCGCAGCAUCGUACCAAUUUCUAUGAAUUGCUCAAUGCUGUCAAUGCGCACUGCUUUGAGGCAUUCUUAAAUAUUCCACCUGCCCAAUUUCGACUUGUUUUUGAUUCCAUUGUCUGGGCAUUUAAGCAUACAAUGAGGAAUGUGGCAGAAAAUGGAUUAAAUAUUCUCUAUCAGAUGCUGGUGAAUCUGUCAUCCCAUCCGCAAGCGGCACAGAGUUUCUAUCAAACCUACUUCACUGACAUCCUAACACAGAUCUUCGCCGUGGUCACGGAUACGUCGCACACGGCAAAUCUUCUGAUGCACGCCCAGAUACUCGCGUACAUGUUUACGCUCGUGGAAACAGAUCAGAUCACGGUGAACCUGGGUCCUAUCCCGAGCAACGUCCUCUACGUUCAGGAAUACGUUGCGUCACUGCUCAAGAGUGCAUUUACCCAUUUGACCGAUAAUCAAAUCAAGGUCUUCGUCACGGGACUCUUCAACUUGGACCAAGAUGUUGCUGCAUUUAAGGAGCAUUUAAGGGAUUUCCUCGUUCAAAUAAGGGAAGUGACUGGAGAAGAUGAUUCGGAUUUGUACUUGGAGGAGCGAGAAAAUGCACUGAGACUGGCACAAGAGGAGAAGAGACGUGUUCAAAUGUCGGUGCCUGGCUUACUGAAUCCACAUGAAAUGCAAGAUAUGCAGGAUAUAUAAUGAAAAAGAAAUGAUGGUUGAAGAAGAAAACACAAGAAAAACCAUUUUGAAUAUGAACGUGAAAGAAUGAUUGGGUGAGAUUGCUAAAAAAAAACAAAAGAGAGGAUAAAAACAGACAAAAAAACACAAAAGAAAACUUGAGAGAGAAACUAUUUGGAAGAAGAAUCAUUACAAUUUAAUUUAAGGUACGUACACAUUGAUUAUUACUUCAUCGAAUGGUAAAGAUUAUUUGUUUAAUGUUGUGAGAGAGAAGAAAUAAAAGAAAGGAAGGUGAAAAAAUGGUAAAAAAAAAACAAUUUGACAAAUAAAAUGAAUUCAAGUAGAUUGAACAAAAGUUAGAAAAAGGAAAAAAUGGGGAAUAAAAAGAACACAAUGAUUUAAUAGAGACAAAUUUUUACAAAAAAAAAACAUAAGCAGUUUUGAAAUUAAAUACAAACGUCAUUAAAAUGUAUAAAAAAUCACACACGUUAAGAUUAAAAAAAAAUAAAUAAAUAAAAAGAAAAACCAACUAAUGGUUGGAAGAAUUUUUCAUUACGUAGGUAAAUAAAAAAACAAAAAACAAAAAAUAUUUCAUACAGCAAACAAGAAAAAAUCCAUUUGAGUGUGUGUGGUGUGAGCAGAUAAAAGCAUUAAGUAAAAGUAAAGAAUUAUUAAUAAAAAGAAAAAUGAAAAUUUUAGAAAAUAGCGCGUAAAUCUGAUUGAAGAGAAUUAUUCUGUUUUCUGUUAUUUAAAUAAUUAAAAAAAAAAAUAAAUAAACAAAAUGAGAUAAUUUGAAAAAAAAACUGCUUUGAAAAACUUUUGGGAAAUUUUAUUUGAUUAAUAAAAAAAAAGAAAAAUUGAGAAAAAGCGAUUUUGAAUGGCGACUUAAUGAGUUUUUUUUUAUAUUUAGGUACAUUUAUGGGAAAAAUAACAAUUAAUAUAUUGAUUAAAUGUAGAAGGAUGUCAAAUCACCUUUUUGAAUUUGAGAAAUCAAGUGUAAGUGUUAUUGUAUUGAGAAAGAGUGUCUUUUUUUCAUAAUUUCGAGCAACACACUUUUAAGUGCGUAGAUGAUGGAAGAAAGCGAGAGAGAGAGAAAGAUAAAAAAAGCAGUUUAUGAACUGUUUUUGUGUGUUUGCUUUUAAUUUUUUUUUCUUAGAAAGAAAAUCAUGUAAUCUACUUUUGAAUAUUGAAUAGAAAAUCCAUAUAAUUUUUUUUUGUUAGAGAAUUAAUUUCUUUUUUUUUCUUUUUGUGUCCUUUGAGUUGCGCAAGUAAAUGAUUAAGUUUAUUUACAAAUUGUAAUAGAUGCUUUAUUUUUUAAUUGACACACCUCAACUUCUUUUUUUCUCUUCCUUUAUUAUUAUUAUUUUUUUCGACAAGGAGAUGCGAUAUGAAUUUGAUAACAGAAAAAAAGAAGAAAACUUUAUGUAUAAUUCUUGUAUCACGGAAAUAAAAUUAUUUGAGAAUUUCUUCCGUAAUAAAAGAAAA